UAAACAUAGCAGCAGGCACAUUAUUAACAGCUAGUCAACUCUAUCUUGAAAAAAGCAGACUUAAAUGGCAUGGCAAGGCAAGCACAACCCAUAUUUUGGUUUAUUCCUGAUUCCGUGUCCGGGAAAUGUCGGUUUCGUGCGGCGCUGAAUGGGUGGUGGUGCUGGGGUGCAUGCGGUGGGCGUGGAAGCGCUGCACCUACAUCGGCUCCGACGACAGCGCCACGUGGGGCAGCGCCAGCGCAGACGAAUUCGAGGCGAUCCCCCGCGCGUGCCGCACAAUCCUGGGCGUGUACGAGCCCGGCACCCAAUGGGUGAAGCCGGAGUGGGUGGUGAAGCGCGCCAACUACGAGCAGACCCUGGGCAACGCUCCGCCCUACUUGAUCUACGCUGACCACCAGAACCGCGAGAUAGUCCUGGCCAUCCGCGGCCUGAAUUUGGCGAAUCAGAGCGACUACAGGGUGCUGCUGGACAACCGGCUGGGGAUGCAGAUGUUCGACGGCGGCUACGUGCACAACGGGCUGCUCAAGUCGGCGGUGUGGAUGCUGAAGAGGGAGUCGGAGACGUUGAGGAGGUUGUGGGAGGAGAAUGGGAGGGAAUACAAGAUGGUGUUUGCAGGGCAUUCUCUGGGUUCCGGAGUUGCGGCUCUGCUCGCCGUCAUCGUCGCCAACCAUGCCCACCAACUUGGCGGCCUUCCCAGGACUUUGUUGAGGUGCUAUGCGGUGGCGCCCGCCCGCUGCAUGUCGCUCAACCUCGCCGUUAAGUACGCCGAUAUUAUACACUCGCUCGUGCUGCAGGAUGAUUUCUUGCCAAGAACACCAACCCCAUUAGAAGACAUAUUCAAAUCUGUCUUCUGUUUGCCCUGCUUAUUGUUUUUCGUGUGCCUGAGGGAUACAUUCAUACCUGAAGGCAGAAAACUGAAGGAUCAAAGACGACUUUAUGCUCCUGGUCGCAUGUAUCAUAUUGUCGAAAGAAAGUUUUGCCGAUGUGGAAGAUUUCCUCCGGAGGUUAGAACAGCUAUUCCUGUGGAUGGAAGAUUUGAGCAUAUUGUCUUAUCAUGCAACGCUACAUCGGAUCAUGCUAUUGUUUGGAUAGAAAGAGAGGCACAGAAGGCCUUGAAAAAUUUACAGGAGCUUAAUAAGGAGACUGUCAUGACUCCGCCAAAAGUAGAGAAAUUCAAUAGGAAGCUGACAUUAGAAAAGGAGCACAAGGAUGCAUUGGAGAGAGCCGUAAGUUUGAAUAUACCUCAUGCUGAAACAUCAUACGAAGAAUCAUCUGGCAACAAUGAAGAGGGAACUUCACAAGCCACAAACUUGGAAACUUGCAACGACAAUGCAGAAGAUUCCUCAGAAAAGGAAAAACCAGUUUGUAAAGACCCGAGGACCAACUGGGACGAAGUAGUUGAGAAGCUUUUCAAGAAAAACGAAUCCGGGAAAAUGCUCCUCAAAAGAGAUGUCUCUGAGUCCAUAAAAUGCUCUAACUAAUUAACCAGUUUCUGCAAAUUUGUAUCUAUCUCUGUUUGUGUUUUCUUAGCAUUCUUUUCUCUCAACUAAUAUUAUUUUGUUGUUCAGUUGUAAAUUAGUGUGCAGAUCAUUGUAAAACAGUCUUAACAUAUAUUUCUUCAAUAGUGGUAUAUGUUGUACA